AUGAUUUUUAAAAAUUUUCCAGUAUUCCUUUGUUUGAUUCUCUCGCCGAGUUCGCUAACAACGGGUUAUCGUUUAAAUGUGCCUCGAGUUUUGCUGCCAUUUCAUCCAAUGAGUCAAGUCAAAUUUAAUCUGAUGGUUACCGACCCGGACGGCGGUUGCUUUAAAUGGCGAUCAACACGGCCAGACAUUGUCCAAGUAAAGGCAAUAAAUGAGAGUGUUAAACAUUCAUGUAGUGAUAAAGCUGAAAUUAUUGUGAUUUCUAAGUACGCUGAUGAACAAAAUGUUAUGAUUUUUGCUGAAAACAAAGCCGUAGAUACAAUAUUGAGUUGUGGAGUAACGGUAGAUGUAAUUCGAAGUAUUUCUAUUUCAACGACAACAAAAGUUUUAUUUUUGGAUGCUUCACCGGUUCAGCUUGUGAUACAAGCCUUUAAUAAAGAAGGUGAUAUGUUUACAACUUUGGGUGAAAUUCCCUUUGAAUGGCAAAUGGAGGCUAAUACGUCCCAAAAGCCGCUUCGAAUCGUUUCAUUCUCUCAAUCUAAAUACGAAACACCUGAAGGUAUUCGCUAUCUUGAAUCACUGAAGAAGCGAGGUUAUACAAUUUUGGUCGAAGGUAUUUCGCCAGGUGCUGCUGUGGUUAGAACAACAUUGAAAUCUGAGGAUGUUUUGUCUGACAGCAUCGAACUUCUCAUUGUGGCUAAUUUGCUUUUGAUACCAUCAAAUGAUCUCUUUAUCACACUUGGUUCUCGGGUUCAUUAUUCUGCUGAAAUUAUAAAACAAUCUUCGACCGAAAAGAUUAUUUUUCCGUCGAAACAAUAUCGUUUAACCGUUAGUGACACAUCUGUUUGUUCUAUUAAUGAAGAUUCUUCUUAUGUAACGGCAAUUGCAUUGGGCUCAACAGAGAUUGUACUUAUUGAUGAAAACGCCAAAUCAUUAGCUCUUAUUAAACCACCUUCGUCUCAUAUCCAUGUUGUUGAACCUGCAUCAAUAAUUUUCAUGAUUAGUGGCGAUUCAUGGCAUUUGCAAAAAGGCAAUGAAUAUAUUGUAUCCGUGGUAAUGACUGAUUCUCUUGACAACACUAUUUUCAUUUCUGAUAACGUUAGGUUUGAAACAUUCUUCUCUGAAAAUUUUUUUCGAAUAUCAGAACAGUCGAAGAAUGGAACUUACUUCGUUGUAUCAGCUAUCAGUCAUGGAGUCACCAGAAUAUCUUCCAAAUUCUCAUCAAUAUUUGAUGCGACGGAAAAAGUAUUAUCACCUGGGAUCAGUUGUGAACAAGUUGUGACAAUAUCUCUUCCUAUAUUCGUUGAACCAUCUCUGGUCGUAUUUCCUUAUUUUAAUGAUGACACUAGUUACAGCUGGAACUUGACGGCCAGUGGAGGAACUGGGAUGUAUACAUGGUCAUCUUCUAAUCCGGAAGUUGUUUUUGUAUCAGGAAAUGGUGUCGUGACGUCUUUAAAGAAUGGUAAAAGUCACAUAAUUGCGAGGGAUUUUCGCAAUAGAGCACAUUUUGGUAAAGCAGAUGUUUACGUUGCAUCACCAAUAAAAUUAUUAUUUGUUAAAUCAGUUUUAGAAAGCCAGGUUGGCUCUUUUUUGGAAUUACAUUUGGCUAUUCUUUUGCAAUAUGGAGAUUUAACAGCAUACGCUAAAGAUUGUCAGAAAGUUCCUUUUGCCUUUACAAUUGCUGAUGUCAAUAUUUUUAAGUCGAUUGAUGAUUUUACAUCAUACCGUUCGCCAUUCGAUAACGCUUGUUCAAGUGUAAAAUUAAUGGCACUGAAUGAAGGAGAUACGAAAAUAACUUUUUCGCUCGGGAACCUUUCCGCUACCACUUAUAUUUCUGCUUUUUCUCCAUUACAGGUGGUACCAGCAUCAGAAAUUCUGAUAAUGCUUGGUAGCGAAACAGCUAUUGAAUUAUUAGGUGGACCACGACCUUGGAUCGUUGAUCCUAGCAAAUAUUUUUCUAAAGGUUGCCUUUUUUUGUUUUGCUUUCCAUUUUGUCUUAUAUUUUACAAAGUCUUUGGGAUCAAAAAAAUACUUAUAUUUAUAAAUAAUGAAGUGUCAUCAUUGCUGAAUCACAGAAGCGAAGGAUUCAUUAACUAUAUUAGCUGCGGUGACAGUCAAGGUGAUAUGGUGAGUUUUUUUUUAAUUGAAUUUCUUGGGUGUGCAGUGAAAAUUCAAGUUGGCAAUGAGAUAACAGAUUCAAAUCCUCUUCCAGUUAUUCUAGAAGCAACAUUAAGAAUUUGUUGUAGCAUACCAAAUCGAAUUGUAUUAUCAAUAAUACGACAAAACGAUGAUUAUAAAUGCCCACAUGAUACGAACAUUGUUCAUAUGGAUGAUGUGGCCAUCAUUUCAUUGACAGCAUUUGGACAUUGUAUUUCUGGUCCAUCAAUGGGAAUAGAUCGUCAAUUCGUUUCCAUUUCAUCACUCACUGUUCAUUGGAGUACUGCAUCUUCAGAUUUAGUUGUACUGGAUGAUCUUCCAGAGGUUCAAAUGAAGAAAGAAUUUUUCAAGAGGGUAAUUGGCCAAGGACUUGAAGGAGUUGGCGAAGUAGUUGUUGAAGUGAAAAAUUAUUCACAAUAUGAUCAUGAAUUGUCAUUACCUAUAAUUCUCCGAAGUUCACUAAAAAUUUUAUUUACAAAAUACGCACAUAUUGAGCCAAGGAAAUUAACAAUAUGGAAUGAAAAAACAGUAUUCAAAUCUGUUGAUAUUAUUUCGGGAUCAGGAAUUUUUAUAAUUAAGCAUUUUGAUCGAAGCAUUAUUGAUGCAAGUUUGGAAAAGAAUGCAAUAAUGGUAUAUUUCUCAAUUCGAGCACUCGCAAAUGGAACAACAGAAUUAAUUCUACAAGACUCUUGUAUUGGCAAUAGUUUUAGUGUGACGGUGGAAGUGGAUCAUGAAACUAAAAUGGAAUUAACAAUUAUCAGUUCACAAGGAGAUGCAUUUUCAUUUGAUGAUGCACUUUUCAUGAGUAUUGAAAUUACCACGACAUCAAAUAUUAUUGAUGUUAUCAGGUGGAUAACCGCAGUUAAUUAUAUCUUACGCGGAAAAGUGGCUGGUUUGGUUUCACUGGUCGCGUCUGUACGAACAAGUAUGGGUAAAACGAUCUUUAGCGUACCUCAUGAAAUUCAAGUCUUUAAUUCUCUUUUGUCUUUCCCAAAAAUUAUAACUUUGAUUCCCGAGUCGACUUUUCAGAUGGUUUUUAGCUAUUUAAAUUUCAAAUUUAUUUUGAAGUUAGAAGUCGUUGGAGGACCACAGCCAAUGCCAGAACUAAAUUUCCAUGUGAACGACUCUUCUGUCGCAUCCAUAUCUGAAAAUGGCCUUAUUACGAGCAUUCAACGUGGAAACGCAUCGAUUCGCGUAGCAUUAUCUUCUGAAUCCAGUUUGUCCAAUGAUAUUAUUUAUGUGAAAGUGGUCGCUCUCUCAGGAAUACGUAUUAGGCUAUCUUCCUUUCGCAUAGAAAGAGGUCAAAUGGCUUGGGCGCGUGUAGACGGAUUGAUGGACGAUGAAACUCCUUUUGCGUUCGGUGGAGCUGUUCAUCCUUUGCAUAUAACAUGGACUGUAAUUGAUGACGAAAUCAUUGAACUUUCUUCUCCUCUUGCGCCUUUUAUCACCGAAGAUUCGGAGAAUCGCUUUCAAGUAGUGGUAAAAGGUAUCAAACCUGGAACAACACAAAUAAAGGUGUCUGUUAAACAGUCAUCUCCAUCAAAAAUGCAUUUCAUUAAAGGUGACACUUAUGAAGACCAAAUUACGAUUACUAUAUACGAUUCGCCUAAAAUCUCUGAUCCUCUUAUUAUACAACAAAAUAUUCGCUUGGCAUUAGGCUCUGAAGUUGUUCUUCGUUCAAAUCGUGAAUCGGAUACAGUACAAUUUAUAUUGCCACCUCAAUAUUCUUCACUUGCAAUAAAGGAAAGGAAAGAUGCAUCGGUCACGCUUAUUGCUCAAAGUCUUGGCGAUGCAGUCCUUGAAAUGAAGGAGAUUGGAACAAAUUAUAAUGAAUCAACCUUUAUUCCUGCUUCGGUUUAUUUAGUGCUUAAUGUUCAUUCGAUUCAUUUGGCGAUGGAACCGUCAUUUAAAAACUCAUUGAAUGAUCAAUAUAUGUCGGCGUUACCUCUGGGCUAUCGUUUACCUUUGAGAGUUUCGUAUAAAGAUUAUGGUGGUCAUGAUCUUUAUGCAUCGAACAUGAAUAUCCGUUUUCGGCCUCAUCGGAUUAUUAUGCAUUCAAAAACUGAAGUAGAACAAGAGUUACCCGGUAUUGAAUUAGACCAUUUAAUCAUUCUAAAUUAUUCUGUCGAACAGUAUGCAAAUUAUUCUGUCGAACAUUUCGAUCUCACGGAAAUAACUGCUAAAAAUAAUGGAAAGGACCUGGAAAUUACGCUGAGACAACCUGGUGUAACGGUAUUGAAGAAUUGCAUCUCAUUUAUCCAUCCAAUUCAUCCAUCUAUUCAUCUAAGAUCUGAUGCACGUCUAAAGCGCUUUAAGGUAUGGGAUAGUGAUAAUGAGCAUAUAAGCACAUUCUUACGAAUAAUCUCUGUUAAUGCCAUCACACCUAAAAUCGAACGCCUAUUUGAAUCUGAUAUUAUUUGCUUUCGAUCUCCUUUAUCAUCAAAUAAAUGGUUGGAAGUUGGUACUCAGCAUUUCGAAUUUGUUGAAGCAUCAUCUGGAAUAGCUGUGGCUCGAAUCGUUGGUAAUUCGGUCAUUGCUUCCUAUGAUUCAAAUGACCAAAGAAUUUUUACCAAGAUUUCUGUUGUCGCACCUGGUGCUAUAUUUCUUGAAUCUCCUUUAUAUAUAACAAAUGUUGCUGGUCGUCGUUUUUUUUUCCCCGUUUCUUUCGGAGUUGACGCAAACUUACCAAAUGUACACGGUUGUAAUCCAGACGAUUUGCUGAAGUUAGAUCACGUUCCUGCGCCUUUUAAUUGUAUUGCCACAUUAUAUGGGGAAAAUUCUCUUCCUUUGGCUAAAAUAUUUUCUGCAGUCGGGUUAUUCGUGGCCGAAAUAGGUUCUUAUGCAUGUGUUCUUGAAGAGCAUGAUUUCACAGACGAUUCUCACAAAUUUGUUAACGAAAGUUCAAUGAAAAUUGUUGUUAAUGCUAUUUGGAAUCGAGCAGGAAAGGAUUUAUCAGGGAGUACUGAAACUAUUUUUUAUCCACGAUUCGUCGUCCUUCAAAAUGAAAUUCGAUUGGAUAAUCUACAUUUGCUUAAAGAUGUCCUUACAGCGAUUGUUUCACCUGAAUUGAAAUCAUAUAUUCAAGUUGAAAGUUGUCAUCCUAGUAUUCUUACUAUAAAUAGGAUGAAGUCGCCUUCGAUAGCAACUUUGCAAUUUGAGAUUAAGUUGAAUGUAAAUUCUGCUGUACUGUGGGCAGAAAUUUUGGAUAAAUGUAAUUUGACGAUUGUGAAUACAUUAACGGAUCAAAUAGAAACAUUGCCUGUGAAUAUAGUGCUACGUGGUAAUCUGUCCAAGGCUACUAGAUCUAGUGUUCUCGAUUAUAUCACAGAUUUUGUGGACUUAUCAGUUAUUUAUGCCGUUAUUAUCAUCGCUUUUACAAUGUUACUUUUUUUCUUAGCUUGUUGGAAAAAUCAUCUUCUUUCGUUUUAUCUAUUCGGUUCUUCGCAUGAGGCGCAUCCUGCUUCCUAUUCUGCUUUCGCCAAUGGUCAUUCAUCUUUGAAACUGAGUGAUCAUUGGCUUUCAAUGAAUAAGACAUCUUCGUUUUCGAAUAAUAAACGAAUCCAGCUUUCUGAUACAUCGAAUCGAUUUUCUACAUCGAAUGCAUCAACAAAUUCAUCUCCAAGUGCGCAAGAUAAUAGUCAAACUUUCUUAUUUAGCACCUCUGAUGCCUUAAAUGAUCCUUACGAUAUACGAUAUCGUCGUCAUUAA